AUGUCUCAACCAACAGGUGAAGUUAUCCAAGUCGCAGACCCGACAGAAACAACGAACCGCAAACAAGCACGCGCGCCCUCGCCAGAAGACACAGAUGAUGAAAGCCAUGUUGAAGAAUUCUGUGGCACCUCUAUCCACGCCUCACUGUCAACUCUCCUGUUUAGUGACAAGUUCGCGGAUAUGACUAUCAAAUGCAAGGAACGCGAAUUCAGCGCUCAUCGAGCUAUUGUCUGCUCACAGUCCAGCUUUUUCGACAAGGCCCUGAGUAGCAAUUUCAAGGAAGAUGAUCCAGAUAUCGUGGAACGGUUUCUCGAGUUCCUCUAUACAGGAAAUUAUACUGAUUCGGUCAUCCCGACCUUGGACAAACCAUCUGCUGAGGCCAUGAUGGAUCCUACGACUGUUCGACAGAACUUGCGGGAACCGGCAUAUGAUUAUGAGGUCCCUACGUCUGACAAUGCACUGUUUGAUGAACCCGAUGAAGAGUGGCAGCCUCCGGCCGAGGAAGCAGAUGAACCGGAGGAGGAGUACAGAGAGGACCCAAUCGACGAGGAAAGCUCUGCAGACGGCAAUGGACACGGUGACCAAGAGGACGAUGCCAAGGUGAUGACAAUGAAAGACAUUGCCCUCGCACCCAAGGAAGAAGGGUUAAAGCUACUCGCACGUCUACGCAACGACAUGACAUUGCCUCUCCGGCUUUACGCCAUGGCAGACGUGUACGAUGUGCCGGCGCUCCGACUCCUUGCUCGCGACCGCUUCUACCGAGCCGCCGAGCUUUAUUGGGAAGAGGCCGAGUGCUUCCCGGAUAUUGUGGACGAACUGUACGAGACAACGCCGCCUGGCGAUACAGCGAUGCGUGAGAUUGUUUGCCGCCUCGUGGGUGCAAGGAUCCUGGACCACGAAGUCAGGGAAAAGAUGAGGCAUGUGAUGACGAAGCAUGGGGAAUUCGCCGUCAGUGUGUUGGACGUGUUUUUUGUAUGGGCUGCUGAGGUCGGGCAUUUCCUGAAGAGGGCCUCAGGGUAUGAGGUUCAAGACAACUCUGACUGUGACCCCUGUAUGAAGUCCGAUGGUGCCCCUGGGCACAGUCAGACUUCAUACAGGGGUCACAGUCAGAGUUAUCCUGUACCACUCAGGGUAUUAGAAAAAUUGGCCGCUGAGAACAUGAGAGACGAAAUUACCUUUAGGCUAUUUAUUUUUGUAACCUAA